UAAAUUUGAAUUAAUAACUGCUAAUCUUGGGCAGUAAAGCUCAGUUGUGAUAAUGAAGAAACGACGAGAUCUCUCUCAAGACUUGCUCUAUGAUUCAUACAUAGCCCCCAUACAAACGUACGAUGAAAAAAAGACAAGUGAGUUGUUUAAAAUCAGUUACGUGAGACAGGAAGAGAAAAAAUUGCGGAAAGAAUUGCAUAAGGCGAGAGGUUUCAAAGGGUGGCUUUUUCGUUUCUCUGCUUAUUUGUGGCGAAUUUUAUUCGGACAUUUCGCCGAAGAAUGGGUGUUUUUGGCGAUUUUGGGGAUUUUGGUCGCAUUGAUCAGUUAUAUGAUCGAUUGGGGAGUCAGGAUGUGCAAUUGGAGUCGUAUGUGGCUGUACGGCCCCCUGGCCCACAACGGCCACCCGUGGGCCAAAUACUUCGCUUGGAUCGCCCUCCCCGUGACCUUGUGCAUGUUCAGUGCCGGCUUUGUCAAACUAGUGGGCCCCAAAGCCGUAGGUUCGGGAAUCCCCGAAAUGAAAACCCUCCUUCGGGGCGUCCCCAUCCCCGACUUCCUCUCCUUCCACACCCUCAUCGCCAAAGUGGUGGGCAUCACCUCCACCCUCGGCAGCACCAUGCCCCUGGGCAAGGAGGGCCCCCUCAUGCACAUUUCCUGCUGCUGCGCCCACUUGAUUGGAAAAAUCACCACCUUCCAGGGGAUUUACCGGAACGAGAGCCGCAAGCUGGAGAUGCUGGCGGCGGCGACGGCCGUGGGGGUGGGCUGCACGUUCGGCGCCCCCAUUGCAGGCGUGCUCCUCAGUGUGGAGAUCACGACGGCGUAUUACGGGGUUAGGAAUUACUGGAGGGGGUUUUGUGCGGCGGUCUGGGGGGCGACUUUUUACAGACUGUUGUAUGUCUGGAUCGAGGGGAUGGAGUCGGUGACGGUGGUUUUUAAGACUAGUUUUUUUGUGGACACGCCGUGGGCGGCGCAGGAGUUGCUGGCGUUCAGCAUUUUGGGGAUUAUUUGCGGGUUUGGGGCGGCGUUUUAUAUGAGGAUGAGGAUCAAGUUUGGGAGGUUUGUCAAGGGGAGCAAGCUGGUGGCGAGGAUCAAGAAAGCCAACCACUUCGUCUACCCGGGGUUCAUCUCCCUGGUGGUGGCCUCCAUAAACUUCCCCCCCGGCAUUGGCCAGUUCAUGGCGGGCCACCUCGGCUACGCCGUCCAGGUGAAGCACAUGUUUGCCAACUUCUCGUGGAUGGCGCCCAACCUGACAGUGGCCCAACAAGACAUCGUCAACCAAUGGAAAACCCCUUGGACCGGCCCUUACCUGCACCUCGUCUGUCUUAUCGCAUUCAACUUCGUUUGUAAUAUCCUCUCGGCCACAAUGCCAAUCCCCAACGGGAGCUUCGCCCCCGUUUUCCGCAUUGGGGCUGCCGCCGGCCGCAUUUUGGGCGAAUUAAUGAACACGUGGUACCCCACAGGACUUAGCUACUAUGGGCGGGUCACGAAAAUCGUCCCUGGGGGCUAUGCCCUCGUGGGGGCGGCCGCUUUCAGCGGCGCGGUGACGCAAACAAUGUGUGUGGGGGUUUUAGUUUUGGAAAUGACAAGUCAAAUAACUCAUGUGAUUCCCAUUUUAAUUGCUAAUCUUAUUUCAAAUAGUAUAGCACAGUUGUGUGGCUCAGGGCUGUAUGAUAGUGCAAUCAAGGCGAAGAAAUUACCGUAUUUGCCCGAUAUGCUGCCCAGAAAUAAUGCGAUAUACAGUGUGUAUGUGGAAGAUUUUAUGAUCACCGACGUGAAAUACAUUUACCACGGCAUGCCAUUCGAGCAAUUGAAAAAUUUGCUCAAAGACAACAAAAAAAUCAAAAGUUUUCCCUUAGUCAAUAAUCCGGUCCGACUCAUACUUCUCGGAUCAAUCCAACGAUUACAACUAAUCGAACUAAUUGAACGCCAAGUCGGCAAACAUCGUCGCUUGCAAGAACUAAACGAAGAAGAACAAAACGAGCUUCAAAAACCAAAAUCUGACCAAUUUAAAACGCAAGAUGUGGCCAACUCGAGUGAAUCAAGCGAUGACAACUUCACCUACAACCCCGCCUAUGAGGCCAGGCCUAAAUCGGUCAAGUUGCCGAAUAAACGCGUGUGCGACUUGUCGCCCAAAACGCAAAAACGGUGGGAACGCUUCCAGAUGCAAAAACCGGCGGAUUUCCGCUUGUGUCACAUAGACCCCGCCCCCUUUCAACUUGUGGAGCGUACGUCGCUACUUAAAGUCCAUUCGUUGUUCUCAUUGGUGGGCAUAAACACCGCCUACGUGACCACGAUCGGGCGUUUGAUUGGUGUUGUGAGUUUGAAGGAGUUACGUCAAGCGAUCAGUGACGUAAAGAGUGGGAAAUUGACAGGUCAUAACAUUUCGAUAAUUGUGAGUGAGGAAACAUAGUACGAUAAAAAAUUGUAUAUUUUAUUAAAUAGUGUAUUUACAUUGACGCAUGUAGAAAAAUAAAUAAUUACACAACUGAUUCGAUUUUGUUU